AUGGAUAAAUUGACAAAAGAGCAGCUUUUCAAGCAGAGCAACUAUUAUAAGAUGAGCUAGAAGAGAGACUAUGAGAAAGUAAACCCUUAGAAAGGAGGUCUUCUGAAUAAGAAAUAUCAAAGUGAUAAUAGGGAACCAGUCGAUAGACAGAAUAUAAAUCUGAUAGAAAGCACUAAUGAAAUUGACUAUGAACUUUUAAAUGCACUUUAAAACUUAAAUGAUGAUGAUAUAGCUGACUGCGUAAUGAUGGGUGGAAUCGACGAUUAUAUUCCUAAUCAAUCAUUCAUGAGAAAAAACAGCGACUCAAUUACUGCUAAAUAGCCAACAAUAAAUGCAAAUAAUGUUGGUGGAGGAAAUAGCUAAGAAAAUGACGAUUCUGAUAGUGAUAAACCCAUAAACUUAUCUGAGAUAGGAGACUAUCCAAUGAUAGACAACGCAGAUAAUGGGGACAUUGAUCCCAACUGUGAACUCGAAUUAUUAGCCUAAUAAAUGGAAGAAGAGCUAUGGAAAAGCGAUAAUGAUAGUCUCAAUGGAGAUCAGAAUGAUGGGGAAAAUUAGCAUGGAUCUUAUCAGAAACAUCUUGACAUCCAUGAGAAGGAAGAGCUUAAUAAGUUCAAGACCGAAUGGAACCAGCCCUUUUCUUGGGACUAGGAAAUCAACAUAGCUAAUUAGACAAUUUUUGGAAACGAGGACUUUAGAGAAAAUUAGCGGGAAAUCAUUAAUGCUACUAAGAGUGGCAAAGACGUGCUUGCACUAAUUCCAACUGGUGGUGGUAAAUCUCUAACCUUUUAGCUCUCUGCUGUGACUGACAAGGGUGUGACAUUUGUGGUCAUGCCACUUCUCAGUCUGAUCGAAGAUAACUUCAAUUUUGUCACUGAGGUUGGCAUUCCUUCUUGCAACUUAUCUUCUACCAGUUCUGGCCAGAAAGAGGAGAACAGAAUUAGUUAGUGCUAUAGAGAAAUCAAGAAUGUCCAGUAUAAACUUGUCUACCUGACUCCAGAGAAGUUGGUAAAAAGUCCAGGACUUAUGAACACUAUGGAUCAUCUCUAUUCAGUAGGUCUUAUAGAUAGAUUUGUAAUAGACGAAGUGCAUUGUGUCAGUCAUUGGGGUCAAGACUUCAGAAAAGACUACUUGCACUUGGACAUGCUUAAGCAGAGAUAUCCUACUGUCCCACUUCUAUGUUUAACUGCCACAGCUACCUUGAAAGUUAAGGAUGAUAUCGCGAAGCGAUUGCGAAUUCAGUAAAAAGUAAUAUGCUUCUAAAGUUCCUUCAACAGAACUAACCUAUUUUAUGAAAUUAGAGACAAGAAAGCCAUCAAGGAUAUAACUGUUGACUUGGUGAAUAUGCUCAAGACUAGAUUCAGGGGGAAAAGUGGAAUUAUUUACUGCAUAUCCAAGAACGAUUGCUAGGUUUUAUCUGAAAAGUUACGAAGAAAUCAUGAUAUUAACUGCGAUUUUUAUCAUGCUGAUGUGCCUUAUAAGCAAAGAAAAUUGAUACAAGAGAGAUGGAUGAAGAACUAGAUAUAGAUUAUCAUAGCUACUAUUGCUUUUGGAAUGGGAAUCAACAAAAAGGAUGUGAGAUUUGUAAUACAUUACUCAAUGCCUAAGAGUUUGGAGGGGUACGUUUAAGAAUGUGGCAGAGCUGGAAGAGAUGGAUAAAAAGCAGAAUGCAUUCUUUAUUAUGCUUAUGGAGAUAGAAAAAGGAAUGAUUUCUUCAUAGUAACUAAUAAUGAUAACACUAAUACAAGAAAGAAUGAAAAUGUUCACGCUCUUUACUCAAUGCUUCAGUAUUGCGAGGAACCCUAUGAAUGCAGAAGAAAACUUCAGCUUGAAUUCCUAGGAGAACAAUUCGAUAAAAGUAAAUGCCUCCAAAUGUGCGAUAAUUGCAGAUAAGACUUAAACUUAGUCGAGAGAAAUUAUGCCAGAGAAGCUCAAACAAUAGUCAGGCUAGUUUAAGAGUGCUAGAAAUACAAUACCUUUGUUUCUUAUAAGUAAGCUAUAGAGGUGCUAAGAGGUAAGAAACUACAAAAGCAGUUCCUUAGAGCAGAUUAACUAGAGUUCUAUUCAGGUAAACUAAAGCCAGUGAGUGAAAAAGAUCUUAGGAGGUUGAUUAUUCAUUUGCUUAGAAUGAAGCUGCUCAAAGAGUCAUUCUAGAAAUAGAAAUUUGGUAAGAGCAUACAGCAGAUUAUAGUGUACUUGAUCCCUGGGAGAUAGAACUUGAUAAAUGAUUUGCAAAGAGACAUUCUUGAGAUCAACUUGAGUUUCGGGGAGAAAAAAGAUCCCAAGAAGGAUCAGCUUGAUAUCUAAAUGGGUGGUGUCAAUGAUAAGCAAUCCAAGCCAGCUAUUUAAGCAGAAAAUUAAGCACUUGUGCCUCGCUAGAUAGUAAGAGAAGAAGUCAAAGAAUAAACAGAAGAUGGCAAAAGAAAUUAUGUGAAACACAGAGCAGAUAUUGUCUCAUUUGUAGAUUAGCAGCAUGCUCGUAAGAAAACUCCCAUAACUCUAGCAAAUAACUCAGAAGAUAUAGAUUAAUACAGUUCAUUAGUCAACAAUGGAUUCAGCAAUAGUAAUAUCAACAAUAUGACUGCUAAUGUAGUCAUCAACAAUGAUAUUGUCAAAUAGAAUGCUGUAGAGGAACGGGAUUAUGGCUAUUAAAAGCCAAAAUAUAGUAACCACUAGGAAAUUGGGAUAAUCUAGAAUCAUAAUUCAUCUAGUUCUAAUAGAAUAUCAAGCAACAAUGGCUAAGGCUUGAAUCAUAACAAUAAUCUGGAUAUUUCUCUGCAAUCGCUUGACACCACUAGAUCAAUGAAGCUCUAAAGAACUGGGGAAAGUCUAAGGAUCCCAUAACUUAUUCUUACUGAGAUUCAAAAAGAGGAGCUGAGGCAAAGACUAUAUUUGAUAAGGAACAGACUUCUUAGUCUCACUGAAGAUGAUGAGUAAUUGGCUGUGUCCACUGCUUUUUCCAAUACUGGAUUUAAAACUUUUCUUUCCUUUGCUCAGGAAAACCUAAAUGAUAAUGCACCUGAGAUUAUAAAUCUACUUAAGGAAGGUAAAUCUGCUUCAGUAAGAGGAGCAAUUGAUAAGUACGGACACUUAUUUAUAAUGGAGUUCAAUCAUUUCUUAAGGCUACAUAAAUCUCACCUGUUGAUAAAUAAAGACUUCAAUCCAGCUACAGUGAGGUAAAUAAAUUAUUAAGAGGAUAAUGAUCAUGAAAACUUGGAUUAUUUUGAACUCAAAAAAAAGAAAAGUAAUGGCCCCGCAUCUAAGUUAAAGUAAAGUAAUGGAAACGCUGAAGAAAACUGGAUUCCUAAGAAAAAGGCUUUCCCUAAUUAUAAGCCAGAUGAAGUGAUGGACGGCAACUAUGGAUUUGGUAACACAACAAUGGACGCUUUUGAUGAGAUAUCUAAACCUGCGAUUACUGUUAAUCACAUGUAGUAGAAAUAGAAUACAAAUUCCUACGAUUAAUUCGAUAACUCAGAUGAAGAAAGUGACAAUGAUGCUGGGUCUGAAAGCGGGGAUCAAUCUAAUUUAGAAAUUAAAACGACUGGUGGAUAUGGUAAAUUCAAGGGGCAAGGAAGUAAAAAAAGAAAAUUCAAUGGUAUCUCUGGCUUUGGUUAAAGUAACAUUGCGCCUAAUAAGAAAAAAAGAAAACUCAAUAACAAAAAAGCAAAGAAAUUUCAUUGA